AUGAAGCUUUCUGUUCAGUUUGUCACUGGUCUCCUCCUUGCUGCCGGUGUCCUUGCCGGCCCUAUUGACUCUGCGGCUGGCACUGCGCCGGUUGCUCUGGAGCGCCGCAACCUCUUUAUCAAUGCGGAUGAUAUCCUGGACUUCUUCGCCCUUGGCCAGCACUUCAAGGCCCAGGACACCAAGUUCGCCGCUGCUCUGGACAACUACGAGCGCAACACUGGUAGCGUCCACCCCCUGAAGGUUGAGGGCGGUGCCCAGAAGCGUGCUACGGGCGACCUCGGCCUCACCGACAUCCAGAACGACCAGCUGUACGCUGGUAAGCUCACCUUUGGUGGCCAGACCUUUGCGAUUGACUUCGAUACUGGUUCGGCUGACACCCUUGCCAACCCCGGUGCCUACAACCCCUCGAAGUCCAAGACCUCGAAGAACACCCACGCGAGCUUUAGCGCUGCGUACGGUGACGGCACCAGCGCUCGUGGUACCAUCUACACCGACUCAUUCUCGAUUGCAGGCCUCAAGGCUAACAACGUUGCGAUUGGUCGUUCGUCCAACACCUUCAUCACGGGUGAGGACUCCAACCAGGGUAUCGCCGGUCUCUCGUUCCCCUCGAUCCAGACCUUCCCUAAGCAGUACCCCCCCUUCUUCCAGUCGCUCCGUGACCAGAAGGCUGUGAGCCAGGGUGUCUUCCAGUUCACCCUCAAGCACGGUGCGGGCUCAAGCCUUUUCCUUGGUGGCGUUGACGCCUCGAAGGCCAAGGGCAGCUUCAAGUACACCAACGUGCAGCCGUCGCUCGGCUUCUGGAUCUCCAAGGCCACGAUCAACGGCAAGGCGAUCACCGCCAUUGUUGACUCGGGCUCGACCAUCAUCAGCGGCCCGACCAGCCAGGUUAGGUCGGUCGUCAGCACCAUCCCCGGCCUGACCCCCAUCUACCAGCAGGGCUCGACCAUGUACGUGUACAACUGCGCCCAGACCCCGAGCAUCACCAUCUCGAUUGCUGGUCUCGACGUCAAGCUCGGCAAGGCCCAGACCCGCUACGGUAAGGACAAUCUCGGUCGCUGCGUGCUCCCGAUCGUUGGCCAGAGCGGCAUGCCCAUGAACGCCUGGAUCCUGGGUGACACCUUCUUCCAGAUGACGUCGAUUGUCUUCGACAUGGACAAGAGCCGCAUGGGCUUUGCCCUCCAGGCUUAA